AUGCUGUUGUCAACAGUGCUGCGUCGGCCCAAGCUGCGCAUGAGCGCACUGGCCAGGGAGAUGAACACGCUGCGCCAUGGAGUGCUGGAGGAGCUGCGGGGCACCGUGCAAGAGGUUGGCACGGUUCUCCUGGACUUGUACCACAGGUGGGUGGCUGAUUGUCUGGACGUGAACCACAGGUGGGUGGCUGAUUGUCUGGACGUGAACCACAGGGUGCGAUCAGAGUUUUGCGACCAUCUGUGGGACGUCAUGGGUGCGGCAACCUUCUGGUACACCAGCACCGAUGCCUACUUCAUUCCCUCCCUCUACUACAUCCCCUCCUUCGCUGCACGGCUGAACGAGCUCUUCCCAGAUGGCCGCGUGUACACACAUGUGGCACGCUACCUGCUGCACCCAGACAACCAACUAUGGGACGAAAUCACAGCCGAAUUCCUCGUCAACCUUGCCCAAUUCCCCCACCGCCUGGGGGUUCAGGAGUUCUCUGCCUGUGAGGAGUUCUCUGCCUGUGAGGAGUUCUCUGCCUGUGAGGAGUUCUCUGCCUCCUGUGAGGAGUUCACUGCCUGUGAGGAGAACUCUGCCUGUGAGGAGUUCUCUGCCUGUGAGGAGUUCUCUGCCUCCUGUGAGGAGUUCACUGCCUGUGAGGAGAACUCUGCCUGUGAGGAGUUCUCUGCCUGUGAGGAGUUCUCUGCCUGUGAGGAGUUCUCUGCCUGUGAGGAGUUCUCUGCCUGUGAGGAGUUCUCUGCCUGUGAGGAGUUCUCUGCCUGUGAGGAGUUCUCUGCCUGUGAGGAGUUCUCUGCCUGUGAGGAGUUCUCUGCCUGUGAGGAGUUCUCUGCCUGUGAGGAGUUCUCUAUUCGGUCACCAUAUGAAAGCGAACUGCCAGUGGCCCAUCGUGUGCUCGACUGCGCUACCAACAUCUCUCACUACCUGCCGCCCACCACCCCUCUUGCACCACUCCCCACCUUUUACUCAGCUCCCCACCUUUUACUCCGCUCCCCAACUUUCACUCUUCUCUCUCCCUUCGACUCUGCUCCCAACCCCUUACUCUGCUCCCAUCCUUCUACUCUGCUCCCAACCCCUUACUCUGCUCCCAUCCUUUUACUCUGCUCCCCACAUUUUACUCACCUUCCCAACUUCUACUAUGCACCCCACCUUUUACCCGACUCCCCACCUCGUUCUCUGCUCCCCACCUUUCAACCUACUCCCCACCUCGUUCUCUGCUCCCCACCUUUUUCCGCGCUGUCCACUUUUCGUCUGUACUUAGCACGUGAGUCACCAUACGAGAAGAUGGGGGUGUUUGUGUCGUCUCUCAACAUUCACCACUUGGUGGAUCUGCAGCACCACUACCUACACAGCCACGUGCAGGGCAGCACUCACGUUGGCUUCUGGACGAUCACCAAUGAAGAGGCAGAGAAACAUGAGGAGGGGCAGAUGGUAUCAGCUGUCUUGGACAUGUGGCUUCUGAGCUUCUGUGCUUCUCCCUGCCCUUCCCACCUCCCUCCCAACGACCUCCUUCUCAUAACGCACCUCCUCAUCACUCCCCACUGCUGCCCUCCCCAUUCCCUCCCAGCGACCGCCUGCUCAUAA